AUGGGAUUUUAUUUCUUAAAGGAUGAGAAGAUCAAAAAUGUUUUGGGCCAUUUUCAAAAAGAUUUUGAAGGUGGAGUUUCUGCAGAAAAUUUGGGGGCAAAAUUUGGUGGAUAUGGGUCAUUUUUACCUACCUAUGAACAUUCUCCUCCAAGAUUAUCAUGUCCGAAGAUACCACAAAAAAACACCGGCAUCAACCAACAAUUUUUCUAUGGAAUUUACUUGAGUGCUGUGGAUUGUAUUACCAUACAGGAUGCAUCUCAGAAUUUGAAAGCUCCUCCAAAUGCACUCCCAACUGGGAGAGCAAGGAACAUUUCCUGCCCAAGUGCCAAUAUUGCAGCUAAUCACGAUUCACAUUUGACUUCUGCUCAAGUUGUUGAGAAGUCUGCCUUGAAGGAUGAGAGUUUUAACAGAGCAAGGAUUCCAAGUGAUCAGAAGACAUUGAAGGUUCGAAUUAAAAUGCGGUCUGAAAAAAAAGCACAAAAACUUGCUGCAAUCUAUAGCGGUCUUGGGCUUGAUUUUUCUCCAUCUUUGUCAUUGGGUGACAGUCCUGAUGAAUGUGGAGGAACAUUAAUGGUAUCUCAAGAAACCACCAGCAAAUCACCCACUAGAAUUCUCCAGGUAGAGGUUUCUUUUGGUUCUUUUCAGUCUGCUAUGCUUAUCAAGAAAGGAAAAUCUUCAAUGUUAAUAGAUGAUUCUGUUUUGGGUAAUAGAAAACAAUUACAUGAGAAGAAACCAAAAUUUUUAAUCAGGAAAAGUGAAGAGCUGGUGGAAUCAAAGCAUAGAAAUCACAUGUAUGUUGAGAGUGGGAAGACAUUGCUCAUAAAAAAGAAGCAAGAGACUAAGAUUGCAGGGGGGGAGUCAUUGCCCAAUGACUUGAAACACACAUCUCCAUCUAGCCCUUUGAAUAUUGCUAUGGAGGCCACCGCCAGGGUCUGUGAUGUCUCUGCAGAAGCUAAUCAGAAUGCAUUGAGGGGUGGAUUGUUUUCUUCUGACUCUGGAAAGGAGGAUUCUUUGGAGUCGAUAUCUGGAAGAAGCAGACCGAGUGGCAAGAAAAAGAAGCGGGAUAAGAGGAGUAGUUUGGAUGAAAAGGGUUGGGAACAAAGUGUAGAUAAUUCCAAUAAAAAUGCUUCACUCGACCUAGGGGACAAUUUUGGAAGCAAAUGCUACCAGAAGUCUGCUCCUUUAAAACUUGAGGAAGAUUCAAAAACAAAGGUUGGUCAGAUAGCCAUAUUUCAUGUACAAAAUAAAAUAAGUAUUCCCUCCAAGAAGGAAAAGACGCUCGAGGGCAAGAAGUCAAAAGAUAGCAAAAAUACUGGAGAAGUUGCUGAUUCGAUGAAGGAAAGCUUGAGACCUGAUGUGGGUUUGACCCUUAAAGAUACCACUAGUUCUAAUCAAGGUUUUUCUUCAGAUAAAGAUAAGAUUUGGAAAUUGAAGUUACAGGAGGAUAUUAAUAAGGUUCAAGGUAAUGGUAGAGAUGCACUGGAAACAAAUUCCGAACAGAAAUGGGGCCAAAUGGGGUCAACAAUGAGGCAUUUUCAGAAUAGGCUAAAAGGUUAUGAUCCAAUGGAUUUUGAGAUGGAGCACGAUGGCUAUUUGGAUAAGUUGAAGGUAAAAGUUAGUGGUAGAACAGUUGAUAACCACCUGUCUGGAGUGGCUGCUCCAGAUGUGGUUCCUCACCUCUAUGAUAGGAGGCUUCCCUCUCAGAUGGCUGCACCAGCUGCACCUGCUCCUGUAGUCAUAGAAGAAAAUUGGGUUCUGUGUGAUCGUUGUCACAAGUGGCGACUUUUGCCUUUUGAUACUAGACCAGAACAACUCCCUGAGAAGUGGUUGUGUAGCAUGCUUAACUGGCUGCCAAGAAUGAAUCAGUGUGACAUUAGUGAGGAUGAGACAACAAAAGCUCUCAAUGCAUUGUACCAGGCUUCAGUUGCUGGGAAUCAAAUAACCCACAAAAUCAUGCAAAUGGAAGUAUGCCAUUUAUUACUUCAGCUCAGUCUCAGCAUCUUGAUCAGAACAACUCUAGUUUCAAUUCUCAGGCUUUAUCUAUUCAAGUAA